AUGGCCGAAAGUCCCGUCCAGCGAGUCACUCGCCUUCACGAUCUCAAUUUAUCACAUCAAAACAACCUUCACCAGACCGAUCUUGUCCAUCGCGAUGAAGAGUUUCGUCGCCUCAAGCUGCGCCUUCUUGCUGUGCGAGAUGAGAAUGCCGUCCUCAGAGACCAGCUAGCGCAGAAGGAUUCGCAAACCCAAAGGCUUACGCGCCAAUACAACCGACUCUCGGGCAAUCUAGGCAACGGCCAGGAAAAGACUCGUGCCCAGGAGGCUAAGAUCAAGAAGCAGGCUACGGAAAUUGGCAAUCUCAAGGCUGAAAUCGACUCUCUCGGUAGUUCGGUCCAAGACUCAACCAAAUUGUUGCAGGAAAAACUUGCUCUUUCAAGGGAGCUGGAUCGCAUUCGGCCAGAGCUAGACCAUCUCCAAUCACAACUCGCUCAUCAUCAGUCUGUUGUCGCUGAAAAACACGAUUUACAACGCCAGCUUGACAGUCUGGAGGUGGAGCUCGAACAAGAGAAACGCGCACGAAAGAAGACGCAAGACCGAGAGGCCAAAUCCAUGACAGAUGAACUUCGCUCAAGAGCAGAGGAAGCUGAAAAACGACUACUCGCAGAGAAGGAGGGCCAAGGAAAACUGAAGCGACAACAUGAGAGUGAGCUAGCAGAAGCGCGUGGUCUACAAGAACGACUUGAAGAGCGUAUAUCAACAAUGAAAUUGAAACUUAAGGGGGUUCAGACAGAAUUGAAGGAAACAAAGCUCGAGCUUGACCGAUGCCAGACCGCUUUAGCCAAGUCCCAGGUCUCUCGGGAAAAGUUAUCCAAGGCCACAGCUUCAAAUGCUCAGCUGAACCGGAAGCGCAGGGUUGAAGAGUCGAGUCUGGGAGAGAUCACGAUCCAGACACCCGGAAAUGAAAAUGCCCUGGAGAAGCGACAGGCAAAGAAGCGGGGUGCCGAGAAGACCACGAUGGUCGAGAAGUCAACAUUUUCCAUUACGCCCUUUUUAAAUCGAAGCAAGGAUGGAUCAGAAGAGUCACUUCUUGCCGAUGAAACUGUAUGCCCGGUACACGAACAACCUACCCCCCUGGUAGCCGAGAUACAAGUCGAGAAAGCGUCUGGCCCUACAGACAACGAUGUACUGGAAGACGCAGACCCGGUCGACGCCCCAGGACCCAAGCUUGCAGCAAAUAUCUCUGCAUCUUCCGAGACGCGAAAGCCCAGGGGCCGACCGAGGGCGAAGCCGCUGGGCGAAGCUGCUCCAUCAAGAAAGAACCUAGCUCCAGUUAUUGAGCAAGACACCGAGGCCAGUGACGCUCCGCCUGUGGUAGUUCCAUUCGUGGACAACCAAGAGAACAUGGUAUCCGUCAAAUCUAAAUCAUUAGGCAUCAAGUCUCGGCCACUGUCAAAGAUUCAGGAGGCCGCUCGCGUCACAUCCACAAUGGGUGAAGCCAAGAAGAGAAAGCGGAAGCUCCUCGGAGCUGGCAAUGGGACAAUUAUGGAAGACGAUGGCGAGGCCGAGGCUGUAGCACGACCCACGCAGAAGGUUCAACAUGGCCAAGUUCGCAAGCGGGCUCCGCUGGGCGGGGUCAAGAACGCGUUUGCUGGCAGUAGCUUUUCGCCUCUCAAGCGAGACAAGCGAGGUGUCCACGCCAGCUUUUUGGCAUAA